GUGGGCCCGGCCCCUCCCCGCCCAGUGCCGAUGAGUGCCAGGGCGCCCAAGGAGCUGAGGCUGGCGCUGCCGCCGUGUCUCCUCAACCGGACCUUUGCCUCCCCCAACGCCAGCGGCGGCGGCGGCAACGCGAGCGCCCGUGGCCCGGGUGCAGGCGGCAGCGGCGGCGGCACCUGCAUCACGCAGGUGGGACAGCAGCUCUUCCAGUCCUUCUCGUCCACGCUGGUGCUGAUUGUCCUGGUCACCCUCAUCUUCUGCCUCAUCGUGCUGUCCCUCUCCACCUUCCACAUCCACAAGCGGAGGAUGAAGAAGCGGAAGAUGCAGAGGGCUCAGGAGGAGUACGAGCGGGAUCACUGCAGCAGCAACCGCGGCGGCCGGGGGCUGCCCCCAGCGGCGAGCGGCCAGGCCCCCGCCCCUGCCAAAGAAACCCGGCUGGAGAGGCAGCCCCGGGACUUCGCCUUCUGCGCCCCCUCCGACGCCUCCUCUUUGUCUUCGGCCCCCGGCCUCCCGUGCCAGGGUCCCCGCGCUCCUCCUCCUCCUCCUCCACCACCGGCCCCCAGUCCGCAAGGAGCACACGCGGCCUCCUCCUGUUUGGACACAGCUGGCGAGGGCCUUUUGCAAACGGUGGUACUGUCCUGA